UGCAGAAAAGAAUAUGCUAUAUAUCAUGAUGGAAUAUUGUGAUGGAGGUGAUCUAAUGAGACGGAUCAAUAUGCAACAUGGAGUGCUCUUUGAUGAGGACCAGAUUCUGUCUUGGUUUGUGCAAAUUUCCUUAGGACUGAAGCAUAUUCAUGACAGGAAAGUUUUACACAGAGACAUAAAAGCACAGAAUAUUUUGCUUAGCAAUAAUGGAAUGAUAGCAAAGCUUGGGGACUUUGGCAUUGCAAGAAUGUUGAACAAGUAA